GGGCGAAGGGUCGCAUUCAGCACUGCCUCCCGGGUGGGAGGUGCGCAUGUCCAAGUCGCGCGGCAUCGAAUACUACUUCAACCGGACGACGGGCGAGAGCCGCUGGGAGCCGCCGACAGAGGAGCCGCGGGCGCGGACAACCAAGAUGCGGGCCAGCCAUCUGCUGGUGAAGCACGCGGGGUCGCGCAAGCCCAGCUCGUGGAAGGAGGCCAAUAUUACGCGCACCAAGCAGGAGGCUACUGCGGCCGUGGAGCAGUUCCGCGAGCAGAUUGCCUCGGGGCAGGUGCAGUUUGCCGAUCUGGCGGCUAAGGAGUCGGACUGCUCGAGCGCCCGUCGUGGCGGCGACCUGGGGUGGUUUGACCGCGGGCAGAUGCAGCCAGCGUUCGAGAAGGCUGUGCUGGCACUUAAGCCUGGAGAGCUCAGCGGCCCGGUCGAGUCCGACAGCGGCGUACACAUCAUCCUGCGGACCGGAUAAGAGCCAAUCUGGCUGGCAUGGCAGACACCUUAGGCCAUCCUGAAGCCUUUGAAUAAACACAGAAAUGGAAUUGAACGUAUACGGAAAUGAUCGGAAAGACGUGCAAGAAAUGAAGGAAAUGAAAG